AUGGCGGACAGCGCCAGCGAGAGCGACACGGACGGCGCCGGCGGCAGCGGGGGCGGCGGGAGCGGCGUGGCGGGGCCGCUGGCGGCGGGCGGCCCGGCGGCGGGGCCGGGUGGCGGCGGCGGCGGCGGAGGAGGCGUUGGCGGCGGCGGUUCGGGGGGCGCGGGCGGCGGCAAGGCAGGCGGCAUCGUGAUCUCGCCGUUCCGGCUGGAGGAGCUGACGAACCGGCUGGCCUCGCUGCAGCAGGAGAACAAGGUGCUGAAGAUCGAGCUGGAGACCUACAAGCUCAAGUGCAAGGCGCUGCAGGAGGAGAACCGCGACCUGCGCAAGGCCAGCGUCACCAUCCAAGCAAGGGCAGAGCAGGAAGAGGAAUUCAUCAGUAAUACUCUGUUUAAGAAGAUUCAAGCUCUGCAGAAAGAAAAAGAAACACUUGCAGUAAACUAUGAAAAGGAAGAGGAAUUUCUCACUAAUGAGCUCUCAAGAAAGCUGAUGCAGCUACAGCAUGAGAAGGCUGAACUGGAGCAGCAUCUAGAACAGGAACAGGAAUUUCAAGUGAACAAACUGAUGAAGAAGAUUAAAAAACUGGAAAAUGAUACAAUUUCGAAGCAGCUCACCCUGGAGCAGCUAAGACGUGAGAAGAUUGACCUUGAAAAUACCUUGGAACAAGAACAAGAAGCACUAGUGAAUCGUCUCUGGAAGAGGAUGGAUAAGCUUGAAGCAGAAAAACGAAUUUUGCAGGAGAAAUUAGACCAGCCAGUAUCUGCUCCGCCGUCACCCAGAGACAUAUCAAUGGAGAUAGAUUCCCCUGAAAAUAUGAUGAGACACAUCAGGUUUUUAAAGAAUGAAGUGGAGAGGUUAAAGAAACAACUGAGGGCUGCACAGUUACAGCAUUCAGAGAAGAUGGCACAAUAUUUAGAAGAGGAGCGACAUAUGAGAGAAGAAAACUUGAGGCUUCAAAGAAAAUUACAGAGGGAAAUGGAACGUAGGGAAGCGCUCUGCAGGCAACUGUCAGAAAGUGAAUCCAGCUUAGAAAUGGACGAUGAAAGAUAUUUUAAUGAGAUGUCUGCACAAGGAUUAAGACCUCGCACUGUGUCCAGUCCUAUCCCUUAUACACCCUCACCAAGUUCUAGCAGACCUAUAUCACCUGGUCUGUCAUAUGCAAGUCACACAGUUGGUUUCACACCACCAACUUCACUGACUAGAGCUGGAAUGUCUUACUACAAUUCCCCAGGCCUUCAUGUGCAACAUAUGGGACCAUCCCAUGGUAUUACAAGGCCUUCACCACGAAGAAGUAACAGCCCCGACAAAUUUAAACGUCCCACUCCUCCUCCUUCUCCAAACACGCAGACCCCAGUGCAGCCACCUCCGCCACCACCUCCACCACCUGUGCAACCUACGGUCCAAUCCGCAGCAUCGCAGUCAGCCACUUUUCAACAUUCAGUGCAUCCCUCCUCUCAGCCUUAGUGCAUGUGCUCAGCAGUCUGUAUGUCAGAAUUGGACUCAUAACAUGGAGCAGUUUACUAAAAGCCAAAGGCUUACUUGGCGUAUUUGGAUUUGACUUAUUUGCACUGAGGUUAUAUAGGCUUCACUGUUAAUUGUGUUGUAAACGUUUGUAUAAAAUGCAGCCAGUGUUGUGGGUCUACAACACUAACUUAACAAGGUUUUCCAUCAGUGUUUACUUGAACUACAUGUAUGUCCAUUCUCUGGCUGGAACAUUUGUUACUCUGUUUGGUAAUACGGCAUUAUGUCGUUUUGCUUGGCUCCAAAGCUUCAUUUUCCUGGCUUCUAAGUUUGUAAAAUUAAAGGGAUACCUUUUUAUAUUUUUUCAUGAGAAUUUGCAUAAAAUUUAAGGCAUGAUGGGCUAUCUGAUGAGUUCUGAAAUAUUACAGUGUUUACCAAGCUUGUGGAAAAUUAGCACUACGUUUCAGUCAUUUGAAAUAACAGCUUCUAGUGCAAAAGUGAGUCAGACACCCUAAUCAGUGCCCAAGACACAUACUGUAUUGUAUUACCUAGUAAAUAAGCUUAAUUCAGCACACAGGACACAUCCAUACUUCUCCUGUUUAAAAACACCUCAAACGUAUGGUACAGUCUGAAUCUUUAAGUGAGGGAACUGACUUGCUGGAGUAUAUGGAAUGUAUAAUUUGUGGACCUUAAGGUUUGAUUAUUUCACUUGACAUUUACAUUAACCUGUAAGCUGUCCAUACUGUGUAAUCUGUCACAAGUAACUUCUCUAAGUGUGGUCCUGCCCACAGGUUACUGAUAGCUGAUUGAAGUGUGCUCUUUGAUUUUUUGCUGCAGAAGGCAACGUGAUUGUAGAGAACAGCUGAUUAUUUUUUUCCUUGUUAAAAUAUAUUAAUUGUGAUUCCCCUAAAACAAAGUUUGAACAAGUAUUCUAAAUGUUCAAGUCUGUUAGAUAAUAAGAUAUAAAAUGAGCAUAUAGGAAUAUACUGGCAUAACAGCCAAAAAUGUUGUAUUGCUUGGUAGAAACAGAGUACAAAGAAAGUAGCACAACAUGGCACUAAUGAAUGCUUAUUUAGCAGCCUAAGCCGGUACAAUGUAUAAAGAAAUGUAUUCCGAAUACAUUCUUUCCAUUCAUCUAGCACAAAUAAAUUGUUUGGUUUCACUUUGCAGUGGAACGAAGUGUCACUUCUUGAUAUUGACAUCUUGCUCAGUUUUAUUUUUCCUGAGGUUCCUGUUGAGUACUGAGGUUUAUAUACUGUUGAUGAUUUUAAGUGGUUUACCUCAUAGAUACGGAUAUAUGGGCCAUGGAAAAUGACAAGAGAAUGUUUAUUUUAUGAGAAUAUGUAUCUGGCUAUAAUCAGAGCAGAACAUGAGUAAUUUAUCUUUUGUUUACAAAAGUUUGUUUGACAUGCCUAAUGCUUUAUUAAGGACACUUUUAAGAAGGAGGUAGAGCGUUCUGGUAGUAUACUAACAUUCGUACAUAAAGUUUCAUGUUUGCCGCUCAACUAUUCAGGAAUUGCAGACUGAAUAUAAAAUCAGUGCUCUAAAUCAAAAUAGUAAGUUAAAAUAAUGUUGUAAAAGGUUCAGCUUAAGGCAAAACUAGAAGUUCUUCAUUAUAUCUAUGUAGUUUCAGCUCUGAGAGAAUUUAGAGAAAUGCAUAUAUAGUCUAUUACACUUGGUAAACCAAUACGGGAUCAAGUGCAUUAUCCAAUUACAUUAGUUAUGGUAGUAGUGACUCUCUGAUAAAGUGAUGCUCAAGAUUUUGGCAGACAUACAAUUUGACCAGUGCUUCCAUCUGAAAAUAAUUGACCACAGCUGAUGCUCACUUUUCCAUAGAGGAAACUCAGCUGUGAGCAUUGUUAUUAAACACAGCUCCUGAAUCCGUGGUGGGUUUGCAUGUGAGAAAACUACAGGCAGUCAGAGGUGGGACUAAGGUCAAAAUAGGAUUGGUUGUUUAGUUGAACACUUUUCCUUUUGUAAACAGAAGAAAAAGGAAAAAUAUAUAUUCUUUUAUAAGCAGGAUUCCAGAUCAAGUAUGCCACUAUUUAAGAUGGUGCCCUCCUUUCUGAAGUGCUUUGAGAUUUUGGACAUGAGGUUCUAUAGAGUGCGAGCUCAUAGUAGUAUAAAUGCGGGGGGGAGGGGAAAAGCCUUUGACAGUGUUGUCUUAAGACCUUGAAAUAGAAAUUUGCCAAGAAUAAAUUACAUUUGAAGCAUAUUCCAAAAGGAAAUUUGUGUAACCCAAGUUCAGCUGCUGUUAUGAAGUGUCUUAGUGAUCUCUCCUUACUGUUGCAGUGGGACCGUUACCAGAUGAAAGUAAAGAACUGACAAAUGUAUGCUAAAUCCUGAAAAUGUAACAAGGCACUAAAUUGGCCUUACCUGAGAACAUCGGACAAACAUUUGCUUGCAAUCAGAAGUGUUAAACUCCAUUUGUAGUCUUUUUGAAGACGAUAAGGAAUUGUGCACAACCAUCUCCUAAUAAAUGUAAAUGGAUUU